AUGAAGCUAUUAUUCUUUGCUUUAUUCGUUUUAUCUACGAUUGGUAACUCAGUUCCAGAGCGCUAUACAGUCAGUCUAAAUGAUCCACCAUCUACAAGAUGGGCUCAUGUGCAAGCUCCAUAUGCUUCCAUUAUCAAAACUUUUGCUCAGAAUUAUGCUAACUUCCCCCGUGAGUGUGAGCAAAACCAUUAGAAAAAUCCUUAUUUUUUGCCCAAAAACCCACCUUCUGUGAGCGAAAUAAAAUUUUUUAUGAACAAAAUGAUAUAUAAAUAAUAAUUAUUAUAACGAAAAUCUCUAUCUAAUUCUGAUUAAUUGCUUUUAAAAUAUAAAUUUGUAAAUUAAAUUAAUUUUUGAUUCUCAAUUUUUAAAAUUCGAAUUUUUUUAAAUUUUGAAAGAGAAAAAGAGAGAAAUGCUGCUCAUGCAGCGAUAGAUAGAUUAAUAAUAAAAUAAAUUUUGAAAACAAAUAAUUUUCUAUAAAAUUUACAUAUAAAUAUUUCAUAAAACAAAACCUCCGUGAGCGAAAAAUUAUUUUGUUCGCUCACGGAUGGGCGAAGUAAGUAUUCCAUCACUCCUAUUAAGCUUGAUCUUUUGAUGAUUUUGCUUAAUAGAGGCUAUAUCAACCCAGAAUUCAAACAAGAGCUUCAAGGGAUGGCCCAAACAGUAAACAUCACUUACAAAGAAGCAGCUUUUUUAAACUUCAUGUACGAGUACAAUGCAUUUUGCACCUCCAUUGUUGUUAGAUUAACAAAUGGCACAAUUAUCCAUGGAAGAAAUCUUGACUAUGAUUCUGAAGAGUUUUUAAGAAACACCACUGUAGUUAUUGACGUCACCAAAGAUGGGAAGCUUCUUUAUACAUCGGUUGGCUUUGCUUGGUACCUUGGGGUUGGAACUGGAAUAAGCUAUUCUGGCUUCUCUAUUACUCAAAACCAGAGAGAUAGUGGCUCAAAGCUGGAUAUAGAAAUUGCCCGAGGAUGGCGCUAUAUUGCGCCAUCCUCGGGCAAUUGGAGACACGGCUCCACACGGGAAUUGUGUUCCACGUGUGGAGCCAUUUUUCCACGUGGGAAAAUGUGGAUUCCACACGUGGAAAAAUGGCUCCACACGUGGAAUACGGUUCCCGUGUGGAGCCAAUUUUCGCUUGCCCUAGGAUGGCGCCAUAUAGCGCCAUCCUAGGGCAAAUCCUAUAAUAAUUAUGCACUGUUUUUAGGAUAUCAAGGGGAUUUGUGGGCUAUUAGGCAAGCUUUGAUUAAUGAGAACUCAUACGAAGAUGCGUUUACAUAUUUGUAUAAUGCUAAACUUGCUGAUGCAACUUAUUAUAUUCUUGGAGGUGUGAAUGAAAAUGACGGAUCUGUUAUUGUAAGGGACAGAGCUCAAACUGUUGAUGCUCCAAAACUAAAUUCAACUACUUGGUAUUUGGUACAGACUAAUUAUGAUCCUUGGCUUGUGGAUCCAAGCUGGGACGACAGAAAAACAGUUGCAAUACAGCAAAUUGAGCAAAUCGGCCAAGCCAAUAUGAAUAUAGACAAGCUAUUUGAUGUGCUUUCAGUGUCACCUGUAUUGAACCCUUCAACAGUCUUCACUACAAUCUUUGUGCCUUCUACAGGGUAUCAUAAUACCACGAUAAGAGCCUAA